AUGGCCAUCCAAGCCGAACUCACUCAUCUCAGAGCAGAAAGAGAUCGUCUUCGUCGGGAAGUUGCAGAGAAGGACGAGCAGCUUGUUGAUCAGCGCCAACUACAAAGAGAGCUUGCCCAGACCCGUGCCGAGCUACAGAGGCGCGAUCAGGAAUUGGAACAGAGAUUGAAGAAGUUGGAAGAGAAUAUCCGAGCCCUACAAUCAGGCGGCUCCCGCCUCGAUGCCGGCGACGGCGAUUGGAGUCUUUUCCCAAGCAUGCAGCUACCCCCAAAGAUUAAGGUGCCUAAAUUCCAGAGGUACUACGGCACGACCGACCCUCGUCACCAUCUCCGUCACUAUAGGGGAAAAAUGUUGCAGUACUGGGACUACGAAGAGUUUGUCAUCCAUACGUUCCAGGAUAGUUUGGCAGGAGCGGCUCUGGAUUGGUACAUAUCACUGAAAGCUGCGGAUAUCCCCACGUGGGCAGACCUCUCAAGCAAAUUCAUCGACCAGUACAGGUACUGUGCGGAGACACCCCCGACUCUGCUGGAGCUCAGCACGAUGGAGAUGACCGAUGACCAGGGCUUCGAGGCUUAUGCAGUGAAGUGGCGGGCUAGAGCGGCGAAGCACGUCCCUCCGAUCAGUGAGGCACAGCAGAUCCAAUUAUUCCACUCCACUCUUAAAGGGGCCUACUACUUGCACUUGUUGGCCCACACGUUUUCAUUCUCCAACCUUAUCGACGCCGGAAAGAAGCUCGACAUCGGCAUUAAGCUCGGCAAGAUAGAAGGUCCGGCCGAGAAAAAGGAAUGA